UACAAAAAGAAGAAGAAAAUGUGUCAACAACCACCGGUGGUCGUGCACGUGAUAAGGUCCAAGUCGUCAACUACAUUUUUGGAAUUUUUAAGACUUUUGGAGGUGACCAAAUGGAGGAAGUGGACGACUACCGGGAGCCGUGUUUGCAGUGUGGGUCUGUACACUGGAGUAUCUCAGACGAGGGACGCUUUUUCUGUACCACCUGUCACAAUGUUAUUGAAAGAACCCGAGAGGUGGAGGAGCAGCCGUACACAGCGGGAUCGUCGCGCGUCACCACACUCGGCCGAGAACAGAGGGUCGAGAGGCGAGAGCGCGGAUACCGCUGGGCGGCGUGCGAAGGCUUCCAGUUCAUCCUGAGCGAGCAAGCGGCGGCGUUGGUCCGGCUGGGCGUGGCACCGGCCUUUAAGGACCAGGUCUUGUGGCCCCUGUGGCGACGCUACCUGAGGACCCGGCGGGAGGCGCACGGCACCCUCGCCGAGAAGGGCCCAUCUCAAGCGAAAGCUGCGGAUUCGGACUGGGAAAGUGACGUCGGGUCGUCCUUCCCGUCUACCAGCGAGACGGACAACGUGUCCCAGUCAGACAGCCGCGGCGAUUGGUCCUCCGAUUCCCGGGACGUCUCCGCGGGGCCGUGUACCGGCCGCGUGGCCGUCGGCGACGGCAUGAGCAUGAGAAGGACGCUGGCUCUGAUCCACUUGGCGCUAGUGUGGAGUCGCCAGGCGCUGACGCUCGGCGACCUGAUCGGGUUAGCAGACGACGGAUACAUCCCGUACUUGGACGCCUACCGGGUUCUUCCCGAGGAGAUGAAGCUGGACGCCACCAAAGUGGGCAUCUUUGCCCCGCAGAGCGUACCGAGGCACGGCGAGCUGCACCGGGAGGCCCGGACUCUCCAGCGCUUUCUGCGACUUCCCGCCUUUCCUCCGGUCCGCCGCCAGGACCCGCUGCACCCCGAAAUGCUUGCCUUGCGGUAUCUGGCCGACGCCAACCUGCCGGACGAUCUCCACCCGUGGGUGUGUGCGUUGCUGGAUCGCGUGGGCGAACCCUCCGUCGGCCCCAAUCUGCCCGAGUACGACCUACGGGCCGCUGCCCUGGUGGUGCUCGCCCUCAAGCUCUUCUUUGGCCUGGACGACCAUACGGAAUGGGACUUAUCCAAUGCCGCCACUGCGUCACCGCCGCAGACGGGGAGCGCCUUCAGCUUGAGGAGGUGGUACCGUCUGCUGCACGCCGCCAAGUUGCGAGCGGAGCUGAUGCGAGAGGACCGCAUCGCCAGGAAGCGGUGGAAGUCCACGCUCCUUUACUCGAACAAGAAGGUGGAAAGCAAGGCCGUCAAAAGGCAAAGAAACGCCGAGCAUCUGAAGUCGUGUUUUGAGCAAUUGCGGUCACGUCCCGCGUCGCGCGGCCCCUCCGCGCCGCCUUCCACCUUCACAUUCCUCUGGGGGGAAGAGCCAGGCGCCGACGGGCCCAACUUGCGCCGGUCCACAUUGGCCGGCGCCGUCCGGUCCGAAGGGGAAAUGCUGACCCCUGUCAACGCCGCGUACUGGCAUCCGCCCCUCAAAUCUUGCAACCCCCGCGUUUCCAGGAUUUGCAGCAGUCACUACGCGGAGACAGAGCCCACACUGCCGCGCUCCUUCGUGUGGGUGGUGGACCUUUUCGCCUUCAUGUUGAGAGCAAGCCCCGCUCGGCUGUACCGGGAAGUCCUGAGCAUGGAGAAGCGCGUCCUUGCGGGUCAUGUUAUAAGUCAAAGGAAAAAGUCCAAAGAAGGCCUUUAGUUUGGAGUGUGACUCCCAGAGCACCAUCAAGUGCCACGAGCACGCUACCUGUUUUUGCCAUCUGGUGAGCUGCUUUUAGACUUGUCAGGUAGUGGAUAAUAUCCAUCUACAGUGCCCGCCAUAAUUAUUGGCACCCCUGAAAAAGAUUUGUUUUUUAGCUUCUAAUAUUUUUUUUAAAAAUUCAAAUAAUAUGGGACCUUAAUGGAAAAAAGAGAAAAAUCCAACCUUCAAUGCAAGUGCAUUCAUUCAGUGGGGAAAAAAAUCCCACAUAAAGAAAAAAUGAUUUGACAUCAAAUAAUGUGUGUCACAAUUAUUAGCACCCCUGGUGUUAAUACUUUGUACAACCCCUUUUUGCCAACAAAACAAGGUCUGGGGACUGAGAUGGCCAUGGGAGGAGCUUGAUUUUGUGUCUGGUGAACCAUUUCUGUGUAGAUUUGCCCAUAUGUUUAGGGUCAUCGUCUGGCAGAAAGACCCAGUGACGACCAAUCUUCAGCUUUCGGGCAGAGGGCAACAGAUUUUGAUUUAAAAAUGUCCUGGUAUUUCAAAGCAUUCAUGAUGCCAUGCACCCUAACAAGGUUCCCAGGGCCUUUGGAAGUGAGUUGAAGCCUGGCACCGUGUGCUUUGGUCAGAUGAGACCAAGAUUGAGCUUUUUGGCAACAAACGGUCUAAGUGGGUCUGGCGUGCCACGAAAGAUGCGCAUGCUGAAAAGCACCUCAUACCCACUGUGAAAUAUGGGGGUGGGUCAGUGAUGCUGUGGGGCUGUUUCGCUUCCGAAGGCCCUUUAUAGAACCUUGUAAUAUUUAUUGCACCUCACCAGCAACAGAUUUAUCCUACACUUGAAGUGCAACAAAAAUAAACAGAUUUGAAUUGCUUACCACAGAUGUCGACAAAAGCUUUGCCCCGGGACAUAAAUGACACUUUACAUGCAUGUUCUUUCCUUUCAUUUCGACCAACUUGAAAUAGUGUCUAUAUCUCUACCACGUAAAGGACAUUUUUUCGUCUGAAUGCUCUGCCAUCAUAUCCCUCUGCAUUUGUUUUGCGUGUUUGCCACACACGCUGUUCCGGUUUGUGUGUGAAAACACCGUCUCUGAAGUUUAAAAAAAAAAAAAAAAAGAAUUAUUAAGCACAAAUACACAUAUGCAAACAUAGGGCGAGACAAUUCACAUAUAAACAAGUUAUGUUUGUUAUGUUACGUUAUGUAAUGGCGUUAUUUAUAACGCCGUUAUUCCCAACACUGCAUACUACUGCAACUACCGGUCUGUUCUUCUCUAUUCUACUGACUCGAAUAUUGCUCAGAAAAUUUCAAAUUCUUUGACAUACAACAACUUCUUUUUAAAAUAACGGAAAUAGUUACUAUAGAGUAAUUCAGUUACUAACGCAGUUACUUUUUGGAAGAAGUAGUGAGUAACUAAUUACUUUUUUAAAGUAACGUGCCCAACACUGUAUAUAUGGCAGAAAACACAGACAAAAGUAGAUUCUGCUCUUGUACCCCUCUUUAAAAUAAACAGCUGUAUUUUAAGCUAAAAUAACUGUUGUGUUUGAUAGAACAAUAUGUCUAUAUGCUGCCAUAGCAGAUUCAUGGCGCGUGAAGCCCCCAAAUUUUUAAUUUGUCAGUUUUACCCUGGAAAACCCCCGUUUACAGACGUCGUGCAACCGCUUUUGUUUCAACCCAGCCAUAAAACGAAGGUAAUUAAUUAUAUUUAUUAUUCAAAAUGUCUGUCAUUUUAGCUUAGAAUCAUUAAUUGAUGUCUAAUAUUUCAUUUAAAAAAAAAAAAACGACUUUAAAAAAUUAUUCACUCGCAGAUUUUAACCUUUUAAACAAAUUAUGUCACAAUGAAAAAAAUGGUGUCUGUAAAUAAGUCACAGUUAUCCACCCCAUAACUAUCGCUUAAUUGUUUCAGCACCACACGAGCGUUGUGUAAUUAAUAUUGACUUCAACAAUGGCGAGCUGCUAGUUAAUUUUUUUAUUGAAAAUUUUACAAAUUUUUUUAAAACGAAAAUUUUCUAUCCAUGGAUCACUUUAACAGAAUGUUAAUAAUGUUAAUGCCAUCUUGUUGAUUUGUUAUAAUAAACAAAUACAGUAUUUAUGUACCGUAUGUUGAAUCUAUAUACCCGUCUUGUCUUAUCUAGCAUAUUUUAUAGAUGGUUUGAAUUGCGAUUAAUUACAAUCAAUUAAUUUUUAAGCUGUAAUUAACGCGAUUAAAAAUUUUCAUCGUUUGACAGCACUAAUAUACAUAUAUACAUCCCGGUAAAAUAUUUGACGUAUUUAACGCACAUGCCGCGCUCAAACAGAUUAAAAUGACAGCACAGCGUAAUGUCCACUUGUUACUUGGGUUUUUGGGUGUUUUUUUGCCCUCUACUGGUGCUUGGGUGCGACUGAUUUUAUGGGUUUCAGCACCACACGAGCGUUGUGUAAUUAUGACAUCAACAAUGGUGAAACUAUUUUUGAUUGAAAAUUUUACAAAGUUUAUUAAAAUGAAAAUUUUAAGAGGGGUUUUAAUAUAAAAUUUCAAUAACUUGCACUAACAUUUAUCUUUUAAGAACGACAAGUCUUUCUAUCCAUGGAUCACUUAAACAGAAUGUUAAUAAUGUUAAUGCCAUCUUGUUGAUUUAUUGUUAUAAUAAACAAAUACAGUACUUAUGUACCGUAUGUUGAAUCUAUAUACCCGUCUUGUCUUAUCUAGCAUAUUUUAUAGAUGGUUUGAAUUGCGAUUAAUUACGAUUAAUUUUUAAGCUGU